AAAAUAAUUUAGAGAAAACGGGCCCACCACUUAGGUCUGAUUCCAACCCACCUCCACUGCCAACCAUACAUGUAGAUCAAUUGAUUCUCACCUCCUCCUCCACCGCCACCAUCUUCACUUCCAUAAUCCGAGCACUACAUUCUGUCACCGCUCCUUGUAAUUUUCCGACCACAAAUUCAAAUAACACCGCCAUUCCCAUUUCACUCUGUGGCUUCACCUCGUCUCCUUCGUCGUUGCAAUUCCGAUCCACCGCGAUCUCCGUCGCCGCCACUGUCGUUAUUUAUUUUCAUUAGUUUCAAUAUCUUGAGCAAGGAAGCAGAUGGACAUACAAAAGAUGAGGUAUUCAUGGAAUGUGGCAAGUGAAGUAUUAAGAAUCCAUCCAUCAGCUAAUGGAGCUUUCAUAGAGGUCAUUGCCGACUUCAACUAUUCUGGAUGUCUAAUUCUUAAGAGAUGGAAGAGGUUUUUGUUGUGGUGGUGGAUCGAAGGACGAGGCGUGACCGGACAGAGAUCGGUGAUUUAUCGAGCGGAGACUUACAAAAAAAGACCUCACCUACCGUUAAAAAUGAGAAAGAAAGGAAUGAAAGGGGAAGAUGACUAGUCAGCAUAUGUUUUGCCUUAAAAUUACCAUGUCACCACUAAAAGAAAAAAAUAAUUGCCAUGUCAUUAUUUACCAAAAAUAAAUGAACAUCAUGUCACUUUCUUUUUUUCUCCA